AUGUCUAAACCCGAAGAGUUCCGAGCGACUGACACCAUAACCCACCGCUAUGCCGAUGCCGAUGUUUUGAAGCGGAUGCUUGUCAAAUUCAAGUUUACCGAGAAUACAAUCAAGAUAAGGGCUACCAAGGCGAAGGGAUUCGAAGUGCAGCUUUCCAGGCGUCUGACAGCUGAAGAGAAAGAGGAAAUCAUGACCGAGUUUGAGGAGGAAGCUGAGAAAAGAGCCAUGGCGGCGCUGUACUGA